AUGAGCAAGCAAACUAUUAAGUGGGUUCGUUUGGUAUCUCUUGGUCACUCUGUUGGAAUUGAAUACAAGAAAGACAGUCCUUGGGUUCGUUCCUCGUCUAAAGGUGAGCAGUAUUUUCUUAGACCAGGGUAUAAAGCAGAAAGGGCUAUCAGACUUGACACUGAGGAGAAUAUUCAAGUUUUUUGUGAGAUUAUUAAGCCACGAACAGUUACAGUACCUUUAUUCAAGUGCACAUGCGAAGCAAAAGGAAUUAAUAUUGUUGCUACAACUCCAACUCAAGCUGCAAAUAAAUUUCUAGAUGAGAUAAGAGUAACUAAAAAACAUUGGUCUGGGCCAAUGUUUUUUGGCUUUUUAAGGCAUGACGUUUUAGAACAGCUCCAAACUAACAAACAGCCAGUAGCGGAAUCUGCUGAAGUACGAAAUCUAGAUAAAGAUGUCGACACUACUGAACAGGCUACAUUAAUUACCACUGCAGGAAGUGACAGCACUCUAAUUAACAUUGUUAAGAAAUCUGGGAAAGUUGUUAAUUGGCUGGGAAUAAAAUCUGUUGGAAAAGACACACCUAACUCAGUAAAGUGGUCUUAUCGGCACAAUGGGAAAUGUGUGUUACUUCGUCCUGGUUAUGAUGCUAGACAGUUAAUUCGGCAUAAUGGGAAAUCCUAUGAAGUGUCAUGUCAGCUAAUACAACAAAGUGAACUUGGUGAAUUUGGACCACUCUUUCAGUGUGAAGUACUACAAGACGGCCAUACCAUAUUUACUUCUGCUGAGACCAAACCAACAACAACAUUGAAUAAGGUUUUUGAAUACUUGAAAUUAGAGAACUACAAGAAAAAUCUAUCUGGCUAUGAGUUCUUUGGGCUUACAAGGCCUGAAGUUAUUCAACAAAUACAUCAGUGUUCAACUUCAAGCGAGGUAAAUGUAAGAAAGAGAAAACCUACAGAGAGUUUAGAGCCAAAAAACUUGGACGGUGCCUCUAGAAUAAAGCGGAAACCAGCUGCGGCACUUAUGCCAUAUCCUUUGCUUGAAAAGCUAUCGAAAACUAAGACGCGAAAUGCUGGGCCAACGAGUAGUUUGCAGGUUAAAUCUCAAAAAGAUAGAAAUACUUUGGUGCACGAAGCAGUACAAUUUACUUCAUUUAAUGAUGUAAAAAGCUAUGUCGUCUAUCUCUGUGAGAAUGAUCCCGAACUUGUUGCCAGUGCCAUAAAUGAAACUGAAUUGGGUCAGGACAUAGUAUCCCAGUUAAACAAGUCUUGUCCAAGGCACAUUUGUGUACAUGAUUCAGCUGAAUUCCUACUUGGCCGGACACGUUUAACCCAACGAGAAUAUAUUGCGGCGAGGAAAACCCUAAUGAAAGGGAAUGUGCACCUGGCAAAAUACACAGAUGCUGUUAAAUAUGCUUCUGAAUUGGACGUGGGCUCAAUUGAUUUCCAUAAAUGCCACGAAAAUGACCCUAAUGUUUCGGAUGGAAACAUGGAUUGCAUGUGUGCAACUACCAAAUUUGGUGACACUCUUCAAAGGAUUGUAUCAACUGAUGCAUUAUUUUCGAAAUUUCAGUUCCCAAGCGUUGAACAGCAAAUUCAACUGUUUGGGCACUUAAAAAAAGAAAGAGAUUCUUUGUACAAAGGGUUAGAUGUAGAUAAAAGGACACUUUUCUUGAGGGAGACUGGUGAUAAUUUCAGAGCUGGUGCUUGCCAACCUACCGAGCAAAUGUCAUUCUCAAUUCUAAAUCUAACGGAUUUGAUCAAUUCUCCUAAUGGACAAUUCUUAUCAUCGAUUUGGAGAGGUCCUGAAAACAGAAAAUACAUCCAAGCCCACAUGAAAGGUCAUUACAAGGAUGUAACUCAGGCAGUGGAACAGGGUUUGGCUUUGACAGUAAAUGGAUCUUGUGAGACAUUUAAUGUAAUUGCUUUCUUUAUUGCUGACCUCUGUCACUUAAAAGAAACUCUCGGGAAAUGUCAAUGCACUGGAAUGUAUGGUUGCUACUGGUGUAAAAAGAAAUUGUCCACCUGGGAUAACAGUCAACCAUCAACUUCACCACGCCAAACUGUUGCAGAUAUGGAAAAGUGGGGUAAACAAGCCGAGAAAGAUCUUGGAGACAACCCUCUUAAAGGUUCUGCAGCUUAUACAAAAUUCCAACAGACACAUUUUGGUCAAACUGUAAGUAAAAUUAAUGUAUAAAUAAUAAUAAUAAUUAAGUAUAAUUAAUGUACUUUAUAACAUAAGGUUCUCUUAAUUACCAGUUCACCAUAAAUAUCACUUUAACAGGUUGUUGAUGAAACUGAUUUUAAACAAACUGUUUUUCAGCUAUCUAGCAAACGACCAAGACUUAACAGACUGAGUUGUUCUACAUCAUUUAUUACAUUUGACGGUUUGGAACUUUUCAUUUUUUCUUUAGGGAAUUCCAAUAUUUUCUGCAUUUAGUGAAAGUUGUCUUGUUCCAUGUGGGUUGCACCUGAUUCUUGCUAUACACAGAAGUUUAUGGAAAAUGCUUUAUGGAAUAGUUUCAAAAAGGGGCCAGGAAACAGAGUUGCCUGCUGCAUUACGAGAUAUUAAUUGUGGAUAUCUUGCCUACCAAAUAGAAGCUUAUUACAAAAGGUAAAUAAAUUAACAAUUUCAUAGUAAUGAUAAUCACAUUAACACUUCAUGAAAUAUACCACUUCUUUGCGCUGGAUAUAAGGUUACGAUAAGCAUGCAUCUAUUUCUAGCAAAAAGAAAUUCUAUGAUGGCAGUAGUACAUUAAAAAUGACUGGAAAUGAUUGCAAGUUGUUGGAAGAUAACUGCAAGAAGCUAAUUGAACAUUUUGUGAAGGUAAUUCAUAUACAUGUAGGCAGUAGUGUAGCUAGCCCGUCAAUUUUGUCCCGCUAUGCAAAUAAUUAUAAACUCAUUUUCCUUAUUUGUUUCUUUGGAAAUUGAUUGUUUUUACAGUCUGUGAACAUGGCAAAAUGUGCAUAGCAGGACAAAAUCGUCAGGUUGGCUAUGCCACUGCAGCAUGUAGGGAGAUUGAAUAUUAAUUUAUGCGAAACCAAAUGAUUAAGUGAAAUUUAUAUGUGUAUGAAUAAGCAUUUUGAAGUCAGUUUUUUUAACAUUUUAGACAGGUGAGACAUGGAAUUCUCCUAGUUUUUUGAAGUUGAGACAGUUACAUUCUUUGUACACUCAGUUUGACGAUAUAGCAAGGUUAGCUAGUAGAUACUUUUACUAGAGUUAAAUAAAUUGCCAAACAAUUAAACAGAGACGGAUUUUCAGAUUUUGUCCCUGGGGGGUGGAAAAAUUUCAGAAGGGCUGCAAGUAAAAUCUAUAACUUUAUUUCAAUCAUACUACAUCACUACUGUCAUUAGAGCCAAUUAGCAUCUAAUUUUCUGAGGGGGUGGCAAUUUCUUUUGGAGGGUGGGAACAUUUUUUUGGGGUGCAAAGAUUUUCUGGGGGGUGCACCCCCCCCCCCCAAGAGAAUCCGUGCCUGAAGUGAAAAUUUGUAGUUAGAUAAUUUGGGCUCUUGUGAGGGAUUGUCUCUGUGAGGUAAAGGCAGAUGAUUAAUAAUACACUUUUUCGAUAAUUUCCUCACAAAACUUUUUUGGCCUGGGAGCCUCGCUUUCACGAGAGUGAGACUCCCAGGCCAAAUGAUGUACUUAUUGGAAGGAUGUAUUAGAUAGUUUCAUUCAUGUAACUACAGUUAAUAGCAAUAGGUAGGAAGUUAGUCAAGCUAAGAGUUUGUUUGUUAGAUUAACCUCCAACGGUGGGCGUACUUUGCUGAGGUUACCACCUCACUAGAUGCAUUACUGGAUUAUGCAAACAUUGAUAAAUGUUAAUUAAAUGAAAAAAGUGAAAUGACAAACUAUGUUUUAAUUUCAGAGAUAUCCGUGACUAUAAAACAACUCUUGCUCGAGUGUCGUCAUUCAAGGAGAGGUCUGAAUUGUUUUUUCAAAAGCUGAAAGAGUAUGGUCCAGCCCAAUGCACUGCAAACCUCCCCUAUUUGCAUAUUCUAAGAGACCAUAUACCACAACAAAUUAUGUUUUGGUUUGAGAUGCUUGGUUGGGGGUAUGGGUACUUUAGUUGUGUGGCUUCAGAGCAUUUAAACAAAUCCAUUAAAACAUUGGAAUGGAGUAGUACCAACCGGGAUGUGAAGAGGUUUGUGACCAUUACCAAAAGAAUUCGUACACAGCAGUUCCAUUAUACGUACACAUUGUUCACAGAGAAACGAAACAUCACUUGCUCUGCUUGCCAACAGCCAGGCCAUAACAAAAAAAACAAAAGCUGUCCAAUGCACCCAUCUCAGCCAGCUAUCCACUUUGAAGACUCAGACAAUGAGGCGACUACAGACAUGUAA